CCAAUGAGGAGCCCAACUGGUCACUGAAUAGCCUCCGAGUUAUUACUGAAAAGAUGAGGGGCCUCGCAAGGUCGCCUUCGCAGCCGGGCCCCUCGGCUACCCCGACGGCUCCGGCGCCUAAGCCCCCCUUUGGCGAGACUCGCUUCUCCAAGGGUUUCUACUACAUUCCUGUUCGGGACGCCGCGAACCUUAUUUAUUUCUUUUCAUUUUCUUUCGGGGGCGGCCCCCAACCUCUGGAGCCCGACCCUCGCACCCCCUCGGCUCUCUCUGUCUCUCUCCUGAGCGCUACCGAGAGCCGCCGCCGCCAUCCUGAGGGACGCAGCCCUUUCUGCCCAUUCGAAACAUUUCCACUCAGGCCGUGACGCCGCUGCCCGCCCUUUUCUGCCAGAUUUACAAAUGGCGGCCCCAAAAGUCGCGUGAGGGUGGGACUUUGAAGGGGCGGGGCUCCCUGGAUCGCCCCGAUAUUAUUGAGAGGAGCCGGCCUGGAACGGAAAGAGGAACGAAUAAUGUAGUUCUGCUAGAAAAUGUAGAAGCAUAGAAACAUGGUCAUUUCCCCACCAAAAGUUCCUUGCAGCUUGUGUAACUGAUAAGCCGUGAAGUUGCAUUUGAUUUAUAGCGACCCUCAUAGGAUUUCCAAGGUGCCACCCCUCGCUUUUGUAAUUACACGAUUGAGCUGGUAACAUUUAACUUCAAACACAAUGGAUGACAACAAGAGCGAAGAGGUGGGCGAUAUUAUUCGACUUAAUGUUGGAGGCUGUAUGUUCACAGCUCGGCGUGAAUCUUUAUGCCGCUUUAAGGAAUCAAUGCUGGCCUCUAUGUUUAGUGGACGGUUUCCUCUAAAAAGGGAUGACUCAGGGGCCUGCGUUAUUGACCGAGAUGGCAGCCUCUUUAAAUAUCUCUUAGCAUAUCUUCAUGGAGAACUUCAGGUUCCAGAAGAUGAGCAAACUCGAAUUGCAUUGCAGGAAGAGGCUGAUUAUUUUGGCAUUCCUUAUCCUUACACUCUUACCGAUCACUUGGCCAAUGAAAUGGAGACGUAUUGUUUAAGAUCACGUUUCGAACUUAAAGAGACACUCCUAGAUUUUUGUGACUACUAUGGCUUUAUAUGCGCAAAGCCUACAGUUUGGGUUUUGCAUUAUCUGAACACUUGUGGUGCAAGUUGUGAGAGUAGAAUAAUUGGUGUGUAUGCUACAAAAGCAGAUGGAACAACUGCCGUUGAAAACGAACUAGGAGGAAGAAUUUAUAGUAAAAAUAUUUACAAGAGGGAAUUUGGAAGUAAUGUCCAAUACAUUUGGAGCUAUUAUUCAGUGACUGAGUUGAAAAAGAUGAUGGAUGCAUUUGAGGCUUGGGAAGGAAGAGGUGUCAGUUACUGGCGAGUACCUCAGGAACUGAUUGAAUGCUGGACUCUUGAAGAGCGCCCAUUGGAAAAAAGCCUGCAAAACAUGUGUCCAGUUCGUAGGCGGGACAUAGUAGUUUUCCAGAAAAAAGAAGGAAGUGAAUUGAAGCUAAAGCCAAUUCAGUUUUCUGGUCCUUCAACAAGUACUCACAUCAAAGUUAAGAACUCUGCUUCUUUAAAAAUAGCAGAAUGUCCCAUACCUUCAAGUUCUCAGACGACUCGUAAGAGACCUAGUGGAGAUCCUUUGAUUCCAAGUGAACUGAUGCCAAUAAGUAAAGCUACAUUGUUGACUAAAAACCUCAGGACACCAGUCAGGACUGCUGAAAAUGGCGUAGUCUGUCCAAUGGAGACUCCCUCGCCCAAGAAGUCGACAGCCAGUCGUGUGGUAAAACUCAAGCGGGCUCCUUUGUGUUAUGAAUCAUCAUCUCAGCAGUCCUCAGCACUGCUAAGCAAGAUGGCAGAGCAGCCGACUCCCUCUAUUGCACUGGCCUCUACGUCUCCACCGCAGACAUUACGACAAGAGGGAUUUGACGCGUCUCCCUGAUGGCCCACAGUUGAGGUUACUGAAGAGUUAGUUUAAGCAGCUGAGGGAAGAAGGAUGAUGUUUAUAUAUUGCUGGAGUUGCAGGUCAUGAUUGUCUAAAGCUAAAACUUCUGACCAUCUAGGCAGAUGAACAAAACUGUCAAAUUACAGUCUUUACAUGUUAAAAUUAAUGUAUAUGAAAUAUGUCUUAUCCAGUGUACAUAGUUCAAGAUGUGUGUUUUAAAAAUGGCUCUCUUUUGCGCAGCCAUUCAAUACGUCAUAUACAUAAAAUAUGGUUUGUUAGUCAUUUCAGAAUAGAAUUUAUGCUGGGUUUUGGCCACCUUGAAAAACUCACCCACCAGUUUCUCAUGGCCAUUUUUUUUCUGACUUGUCUUAUAUCACUUUUUAACAUUCCCAUAUUCAGACUCUCUUCAAUCUUUUGUGAUGACCAGAAUGCUAAUCAUCCAUCCAUUAAUAUGUUAUUUUUCAUGCUGCUUGUGAUGGACACUUUCUGUCUGCAACGUUUCUCCUUAGUUUAGAGUUUCACACACAGUAAUUUAAAUGUGUAGAUUUUUACUUCAGCUUUGCUUCGGCUCUUUUGACUUAACCAUUUCUGCAGUUGUAUUUGAAACUUGCCCAGCCAUUUGAUACCCUGGCGGUUUGAUGAAUUUCACUUUUCGGUUUCUUGAGGAUCGAUCCUCCACACUUGAGACUGUUUCGAUGUAAUACUAAGCGAGUGGAUAGCGUUAUGAGAAUGAACCUUUGGGUCAUUCAUCCUGCCCUGAUCUAGCAUAGCUGUGAGAAGACCAAACACCAUCUCUGUGAACUGGUUGCAAUUUAGCCGUGCCAUCUGACUGCUGAUUAGUAUCAGUUAUGAACAACAGAAACAAACCGCUUCCAUAAACUAGCAUUUGAACAGAAGUUUGAUUGUUUCAGCAAUAAAUACAAAAAAUAAAAUACUUUAUUUGGAUUGGGAUGCAUUAGCAAAUUGUUGCGAAUUUAAAAGGGAAGCAGGAGUUGACUGCACUAGAAGAUAAGGGAGCAUCUGAAUCCAAAGUGUAGACUCAUUCUCCAUGACUUUGUAUUGUGACCCAAUGUAUACAGCCAUCACAAGAGGCCCCGGUGAGGUGAAGCCUUUUUUGUGGCUUAGGACCUAAGAGGCAUGAACCUAGAUAUUUCUGGUACAAAUUUCCUCUGUUUCAGCUCCCCAUUUGCAGCAUAGAGAUAAUAAACGACGGCUCCACAGAUCAGUAUGUGGAUUACUGAAGAGUGCCUUGCCAUGGGAGCACUCAGGAACUGCUAUGUGAUGCCAAACGUUUAUUGUUAGAAAAGACUUCAGUGUGUGUGCCAUAUACUCAGAUUUGAAAUGGUACAUUUUGUCAGGUGAACUGAAUUAAGUGUUGCUAACAUUAAUAAUAAAGUUAACAUUAACUGUGCAAGAAAUGUGUUUUGCUCUUAGUUUUAAAUAAAAUAUUUUUCUUAAUGUUUUUUAAAAAA